AUGGUUCGUGUUCUUAUCGGCGUUCUCGUCGGACUCACAGCCGGUCUCUACGUCUCCCUGAAUCUUCUAGGAGCAGGCGGCGGCAAACCGAAUUCCGCUUCAACAGUGCAAGUAGUCAAUGCGACACUUUGCACUGUGUGGUUCUUUUCCGCUUCCUUCGGCGGAACAAUUCUCAACACGAUUGGCCCUGCUAUCACGGCUUGUAUUGGGGUAAUUGGUUAUAUCAUCUACGUCGGUAGCUUGAUGUACUUUGAUAAUACAGGCAAGAGUGGAUUUCCAAUCUUCGCCGGCGCGGCUGUUGGUAUCUCAGCUGGUCUUAUCUUCGUUACGAUGGGAUCUAUUGCGAUGUCUUAUUCUGAAGAGCAAGAUCGAGGAGCGUAUAUCACUAUGUCUGUUAAUCUUCAGGCUGUUGGGUCGGUGAUUGGUGGUAUCAUUCCAUUGAUCAUUAACAAGGACUCGAGUGAGACUACCGGUGUCCCACCGGCUGUCUAUAUCGUCUUCAUGGUUAUGAUGGGUGUUGGGGCAUGUGCUGCUUUCCUGUUGAUGCCUCCAUCUCGCGUUAUCCGAGACGAUGGAACGCAGAUUGCUCCGGUCAAGUCGCGGGGAUUCAAGGAAGAGCUCAAAGCAAAUUUGGAGAUAUUUCGUGACUGGAAGCUUCUUAUUAUGGUCCCUGCUUUCCUCCCUGCUGAAACCUUCCUGGUUUAUGGCGGCUCGGUCAACGCUUACCACAACAACCUACGCACCAGGUGUUUACUGUCUUUCUUAGCAGUCGUUAUACAAAUUCCUUGCGGCAUUCUCCUACAAUACGUCCUGGACAACAAAAAGUGGAAACGGCGAAACAGAGCUUUUCUAGGACUAGCCAUGGUUGGAAUUCCUCUCAUCGGCGCGUGGAUUUGGGAGAUCAUUCGGGUCAGAAAUUACGACCGCCAUAAUCCCCCUGCCCAGGGCUUGGACUGGACUGAGCCUAAUUUCUGGCCAAUUCUGGGUGUUUUCCGUGGGUUCCUUGGUGCUGGUGAGGCCAUUUGUUUCGGUGUGGAUUCUCUUAAAGUCCCAUUUAUGAAGGAAGCCGCUGUUAUUUUCACAUUCUAUACGACUGGUGUCCUCAUAUUCACCUAUAUUGCCACAUUCCAUAUCAAAGAUACGGAAUAUUUCAACGGCGAGGAUGAUGUCGUGAUUCCCAAGCAUGUGCUGUCUGAGCAUGCGAACGACGGAGAGCCUGAGAGGCAAUCCACGGAAGUGGACGAGGCAGCACCAGCUGAGAAGGAAGCAGUAUCAAGGUAUUAG